AUGACUCCAGCACAGCAGUGGCUGGGGCUGCCGAGAGCGGGGAUGAUGUGAGAAGCUCUCUGGUGUAACAUAAAGAAAAACGUUUACAUGAUCUCGCUGCACGGAAGAUAAACUAGUUUAAUAGCUAGCUAGCUAGCUAUCUGGACAGUACUCAACGCUAACUUUGCUAUAUGGGACAUCAUUAUAAGGAUGAGUUGCCAAGGCUGUCACUGCUUGUCACUUCCCAGGUUAUUUAUCUGUGUAUGAGGUGACAGGUCCAGGAAGGACCAGAGCUGUCAUGGCAGCUAGGGCUAAAUGGUAAACCCCAUCACAUGACAGUCAGCUGGGCCUGGGAGAAAUAGUGAGAGAGACAGAUGAGAGAGAGCUCACAGCUCACAUGCAGCUGUAGGUGAAAAGUCAGAAAGGUUAGUUAGCUACUUACUGCAUUCUGCUUUUAGAGAGAGAGUUCCUUUAGCAAGAUCCCUUUGUCCCUCUGCACUACCCUCAUUAUUUCACUCACUGUCUCUCUCUCUCUCUCUCUCUCUCUCUCUCUGUAGGAUGAGUGUGAAGCAGUGUCUGGAGGGUCAGGUGUACUCUGUGCCUCUGAUCCAGUCAGACCUGAGGAGGGAGGAGGCUGUUCACCAGAUAGCAGACGCCCUGCUCUACCUAGAGACUAUCUCUACUGACAUCUUUACCAGGUAGACACACCAGGUUGCCUGUUAGCUAAGAUGCUCCUGGUUUAUACAUGAAAUAUAACAUAACACUGAAUGACACACACACAUACACACAUUUAACUACUUUAUCAGCAGAACACACACACUCACAUACUGUGACUUUCCCCUGGUGUGUAUGUGUAGGGUGUCUGAGAGUGUAGAGCGGAAUCGCUGUCAGCUGCAGAGUGUGACAGAUCGGAUCAGGCUAGCCCAGGCCCGCGUCGACAAGAUCAAAGGAAGCAAGAAGGCCACCAAGGUAACACACAGAGUUGUGACACAUGUUCCCCUUCUAAUCACUGUUCCCAAUACAUGCAGAUCUCUGAGAGUACAAUACUUGAGAGUACUAUGAGAUUUUGAUUUGUGUGUGUGUGUGUAUGUAGGUGUUCUCCAGUGCUAAGUAUCCAGCUCCAGAUCGUCUCCAGGAUUACUCCUCCAUCUUCAGUGGAGCCACAGACCCUGCCUCUCAGAUACGCCGCCGAUACCGCAUACAGGCCAAACUACGACCCCUUGACGACAAGGCCCUGCAGGUAACACACACACACAUACACACACACACAUUUGGAUCUACUGUAAAACAUUUCAGUACAAAGGACCUACAUAUUUCAGAGGUCAUGCAGAUUACUGGACUUUGGAAACAGAAAGCACUUGCUCCUCUACAACGCUAAACUACCCAUUACAGCUGGUAUAUGCAUAAAUCAAAUGCAGUUUUAUAGCAGUAUAGGCCUAGCUGAUUAGAUAAAUGUAAUAUGACUAUACCUUUUUGGCUUUCAUCCAUGAUAUACAGUCUGCUCCACUCAGCUUAGUCCACAGGGCUUUUACUGCUGCAUAGACAGACCUGGGGGAUGCGGUGAUGGGCUUUCACCUGGCUCGGAUACACUUACCGCUAGUUAGGCUCUGACCUGACCUGCCUGAGGACAGACCUGUUCUGACCUGGGGACAUGACAUGAAAAGCCCUGACUAAAACUACCCACAGGAAACUACUCCCUACACCAGGGUUCCCCAACUGGCAGCCCACGGGUGAAAAAAAAGAUGUAUAUAUAUAUUUUUUGGGUGGGGGGACAUAAAAGGGCGGCAGGUAGCUUAGUGGUGAAGAGCGUUGUGCCAGUAACCGAAAGGUCGCUGGUUCUAAUCCCCGAGCCGACUAGGUGAAAAAUUUGUCGAUGUGCCCUUGAGCAAGGCACUUAACCGAAUUGCUCCUGUAAGUCGCUCUGGAUAAGAGCGUCUGCUAAAUGACUAAAAUUUAAAAAAUGUAAAUAAAAGACAGAAAAACACCAACAAAUUAGCUCCAAGUCAUUUUAAUUUUGGAAAUCUGUUCCAAAGUAGUCCCACGCAAAAUAGAGAGAUAUACACUGAGUGUAGAAAACAUUAAGAAGAGUUGCCCCCCCUUUGCCCUUCAUCAGGGCAUGAACUUUACAAGGUGUCAAAGGCGUUCCACUGAGAUGCUGGCCCAUGUUGACUCCAAUGCUUCCCAAAGUUGUGUCAAAUUGGCUGGAUGUCCUUUGGGUGGUGGACCAUUCUUGAUACACACGGGAAACUGUUGAGUGUGAAAAGCCCAGCAGCGUUGCAGUUCUUGACACAAACCGGUGCACCCUCUGAAUGACACACAUACACAAUCUAUGUCUCAAGGCUUAAAAAUACUUAUUUAACCUGUCUCCUCCCCUUCAUCUACACUGAUUGAAGUGGAUUUAACAAGUGACAUCAAUAAGGGAUCCUAGCUUUCACCUGGAUUCACCUGGUCAGUCUAUGUCAUGAAAAGAGCAGGUGUUCUUAAUGUUUUGUAAGCAAGGUUUGAAAUGAAUAUGUUUUAGUCAAAUAUUAUUUAUGUUUGGGCUUCUUGCGGUCAAUUUGCAGUCUCCAAAUUAUUUGUAAUUAUGUAACGGCCCCCUGACCAUCCGCUCAAGAAAAAUUGUCCCACGGCUGAACCUAGUUGAUGAUCCUAGCCCUACACUUACGUGUGUGUGUGUGUGUGUGUGUGUGUGUGUGUGUACACCUUAGCUCAGCAGUGAAGUUGUGCAUUAUUGAUAGUGAACACCACUGAGUUCUCCCUCGCUUCCCGGAACCGAAAACUUACAGGAACAGGAGUAUAUUUUGCUGUGUCUGAGAGAGGGAGAGAACGAUUUGUGCACUUCCCUAGCUCAGAGAUGUAUUAUUUAUAAAACCUCAAGCACUGCAGAGAGAGAGGGAGAUGCGAGUGAAUGAAUGAAUGUGAGGGAGAGAGAAAUAGACAGAGGCUGAUGACAAAAAGAGAAAGAGUGGGAGUUAUUCAUUCUGUUGAUGGUUUUGAAUAUGUUGCUCUCUCUCUCUUGCCUGCAAGGCUGUCUAUUGAAAGCUACUAGCUCUCAUUUCGUACAUAAACAGAGAUGCAAAGCCAAUGCAUGUUUAUGUCUGGUGGCCAUUUGUGUUUACUAAAGGAGGUUCUUACCAGACUCAUCCCAUCUAAUAUCUGUCCUCUCUUGUUCUACACCCCCUCUCUCUCUGUCCACCUCUAGGAGAAGUUGUGUUAUUAUCCGGUGUGUGUGAGCAGUAAGAAGCGUUCGGAGGAUGAGACCGAGGAGGGGCUGGGCGGUCUGCCUCGAAACAUCUCCUCUGUCAGCUCCCUGCUGCUGUUCAAUACUACAGAGAACCUGUUAGUGCACAAACACACACACACACAUACACACACACACACACACACACACUCCUCUAACUGGUUGUGUUUGUGUAUGUGUUUAGGUAUAAGAAGUAUGUUUUCCUGGACCCCCUGGCGGGGGCGGUGACUAAAACACACACCACCCUGGAGACAGAGAAGGAAGAGAAACCAUUUGACGCUCCGCUAUCCAUAACCAAGAGAGAACAGCUGGAGAGACAGGUACACACACUCACACCAUACAUACUGUAUUCACACUCCCACACUAUUCUCUAAAGAACAAGAGGCCUGUGGCAUUGCUCUCUUUGGACUAUAAUAUUUUUUCAAUGGGCCUUGCUAACAAGUUAAAGUGUGACUGUAAAUUAUUACACUUUCUUUCUUCCUCACGCUCUCAUUCCCUCUCCAUCUGUCCCCCUGUAGACAGCAGAGAGUUACUUCUAUGUUCCAGACCUGGGUCAGGUCCCAGAGAUAGACGUCCCCUCCUACCUACCAGACCUGCCAGGCAUCGCUGACGACCUGUCCUACAGCCAAGACCUGGGGCCCGGCAUCGCACCCUCUGGACCCACACACACCUUCCCUGAACUACCCUCCUUCACUGGGGAGGACAUGCCCGGUACACAGACUGUCUCUGUUGUGUGGAUUAUACAGAAGUUUCCGUGUCAAAUGAGGGAAAUGUUUCUAUGGGUUGAUGUUGAUUUGUUUGUUUGCUUGUUUGUUACAGGUUCUCAAUUCCAAAUUGCAGUCCCACCUCCUCCCCCACCUCCUCCUCCCCCACCAGAGCCCACACAUACCCCCACCCCUCCCCCUGGUCUCCCCCCUCCUCCACCGCCUCCCCCACCUCCCCCUGCAAAUAGCCCUGCAGACGCCAGCUACACUCAGAGCACAGGUAACACACACACAUGAUACACACACUAUACACAAACACACUCUCCUUCUCUUGAACUAUGUGUUUACCUCCAGCUACUGUAGUGGGCGCUCCCAGCGAGGUGGUUGAAUCAAAAGGCCGGGCCAGUCUACUAGAGUCCAUCCGCAACGCUGGAGGCAUCGGCAAGGCCAAACUACGCAACGUCAAAGAACGCAAGAUGGAGAAAAAAAAACAAAAGGAGCAGGAACAAGGUAAACAAGAAGGGGAGCGAGAGGGGAGAGGUGGUGGGGGAGAGAAAAUAAACAGAUUGUCGUUGGAUGAGUGUCUUGGUUUCUCCUCUUGAAUGACAAACGAGAGAUUAGUCUUGAACCUGGUGACUCUUUUAGAACAUUUUAUAGUCCCAACAGAGCAAUGCUCGCUACAGGCCUCCAGUUCUUUAAAGGGGAAAUCAGCAGUUGCUACAUCCAUUUUUUGACUUAUAAAUGAAUGAUAUGUACCCAUUGAUUCUUGAAGAGUACAACUUAUAAAUGCCUCAUGAGCUUAGUUCAACUGUCAUACCCAAAAUAUAAGCUUGUUUUACUCCAACGUUUGUAAACAAAAUAAAUGUAAACAAACACUGUAUAGCCUAAAACAUGGUUAAAACUAUCAUUUUGAUAUCAUGGAUGGUCAGAGUCCUUGCAUCCAUAGCUCUGUCUGAAUUUGAGUGAUUACAUUUCUCCAGCCCCAUCCCCCCGCUUUUUACUGAAACAGUGGUGGGGAGAACACUUUGUUAUUGUUUUAACUGCUGAUUGUCGCUUUAACUUACAGAGCAUAUUUGGGACAUAGUGUGUGUGUGUGCAGACUCCAAACCACAGGGUUACCUAACUAGUCAUAGAGAACAGCUCAGGGCUGCAUGACCUUUAGAUGUAUAAACAUCACCUUCAUUAAAGCACUGAUUAAACUACACUGUUUUAUCUGUAAGACUUUGCUGUGUGUGUGUGUGUGUGUGAGGGAGCGGGAGCGAGCGAGCGAGCAUGUGUGUUAGACCUUUAAGUGAGUCCACAGUCAUCAGUGCUGGUUCAGUUGUUGCUGGGCCACUAACAUUUAACAGCUGGGUUCAUCUGAGCAGGACAUGAAAACUACUACAGUUGUUCACUAGCUGAACUAUUUAUGUAGUGUGUAGCUACAGUAGAUAUAACUGCUCUGGUCUCUCCACUGUACUAAAAAGGACAUAGAAAUGUCAUAUAUAAUCUGCUUCACUGCAUUGUGUUCUCCCUCCUCUCUCUCAGUGGUAGCAGCAGCCAGUGGAGGAGACUUCAUGUCAGAUCUCUUCAAUAAGUUGGCCAUGCGAAGGAAAGGUGAGAACACUCCUCUCCUUCCCCAUUCUUCUCUCAUCUCCCCUGGGCUAUUGUCCCUCAGUAGUGUAGUAGUAUUUCUAGGUCUUGGUGAUAGUGGUGUUUGUGUGUUUCCCAGGUAUCUCUGGUAAGGGUCCUGGAGGCGGGGACUCAGGGGAGGGCCCAGCUGGCUCUGGCAGCGCAUUCGCUAGGAUGUCCGACGUAAUCCCGCCUCUUCCUGCCCCCCAUCAGCCAACCGCUGAAGACGAGGAUGACUGGGAGGCCUGA